AUGAUAUCAUUAAUACCCAUAUGUAUUGUGUUUCUUCUUACUGCAAGAUUAAAAUGUUUCAUGUGUGGUGGAGGCGGACCGUGUCCUGUGAACAGAGGUGGUGCUUGCGACUGUAUAAUGUCAGGAUUGGCGAUUCUGAUACUCUUUUUAAUAUUCCGAGCCACUGGUGUCCUUGAUAAAAUCUUUUAUAGCCUAGGCUAUACGAAAGCAAGACCUACUGUACAUAGAUUUGUACCUACACCAGGCGAUAUAACCGAAUGUUCUAGAAACGACACAGAUUACACUGACGAGAUACCUACAUUUACUGAUACUGAUUUUUACACAUCAACAUACCUUUCAACCUCUACUGGGAAACUUGAUGAAAGUACCUUUGAAACGAGUAUGUCUAUAGAUGAAAGUACUCUUACUGUUACUGAAGACCAAACAAAAGACACAAAGGUUGCAUCGCAUCCAGAACUAACGUUCGAAUACUUGCAAGCUCUCGGGGACGCCGUCGAUGAGGUGCCGCAAUAUGGAGAGGAAAUCCAUAGUAACUUAGCGCAAAGGUGGCUGCCAUUACUGCGUAAGGGCUUGCCAAAGGAUACACGAGAUGUUAUAUUUAAGCCGUAUAUAAUACCAAGUAAUUGUAAAUUAUUAAAGGCGCCUUCGUUAAACGCUGAAAUAUCGGCUGCUAUUACUGAAUCACUUAAAACACGAGAUAAAAAAUUAGAAAAUUGUCAACAACAAUUAGGUAUAGGUGCAUUGACGUUAUUACUAACCGGUGGUGAUCAAAUACAGUCAAUAAAGAUAUUGUCAGAUGCAUCUCGUAUUUUAUGUGAUUUACACUAUCAAAAUACAGAAACUAGGAUUAGAUUAUUAACACCUAGUUUGGACAAAUCUUUGUUAAACGUUAUCGAAAAUAAUCAUGAUGAGACGCUUUUCGGAUCAGAAAAAUUAAAGCGGCAAAAUUAUAGAAAAACAAGGGCUUUCUAUCAAGAAAAACGAACAAGAAAGUAUGCAAUUAGU